AGGUCGCACUUGGUGGACUGAUCGCGUUUGGUACUUAAAUCCGCUAUAACGGUCUCUGCACGGCGCUCCGUUCGCCGGAAUCAGUGAAGUAGAUCUCUCGUCUCUCUGUUAGAAGGUGGACCUUUUUCAGACCCAAUACCCCCUUAGCUCACCCUCUUUCCUCUCCCUAAACCCCAAUGGAGAGGCUUAUCUCCUCUUCCUCCAUUUCCUCCUGGGCAUCAAUAUCAAAGCCUCGCUUCCUUGUUUCGGUCUCAUCUUCUCCCGCCUCUAUUGCAGCGACGAGAUCCGGUUUUGUACUCUUCCGCAGACCAGGAUUCAAGCCGGCGGGUGAAAUCUUAUCGAAUUAUGAUGGACCGCAUCACCCUCGCACUUUUCUGCGUUCUUUGAACUGUCUUGGAAAUUAUGCUCUUCCGGCUUUGGAAGGGAAGGACGAACACAGCUCGUUAGAUACUCGGUCAGAAGCCGGAAGAGAUUUGGCGGGCGUGUUUCCUCGAAAGGUCACAUCCACCGCCUUGUCGGUCUUUCUUUCUGUAGUAAUCGUAACCCUAAUACAGACAAUAUUUGCACGCCCGGUCUAUGCAACACUACAAACAGCCACCCAAGCUGGUGGAAGGCUUUUUAGAGCAGAGUUUCUCAGUAGUGCCUGGACUGGUUUUCUCGCAGGUUGCCUUCACACAUUGUCAGGCCCUGACCAUUUGGCUGCGCUUGCUCCAUUAUCAAUUGGACGUACAAGAAUAGAGAGUGCUGCUGUUGGUGCCCUCUGGGGCUGCGGCCAUGAUGCAGGGCAAAUGAUAUUUGGAUUGCUUUUCUUACUACUUAAAGACCGUUUACAUAUUGAGGUCAUCCGGACAUGGGGGACAAGAGUUGUUGGUAUAACAUUGCUCGUCAUAGGUGCAAUGGGAAUCAGAGAAGCUUCUGAAGUGGUGACUCCUUGUGUUGCUCAUGAGAAUGGAGAGUGUGAUGUUGGCGUAUUGGAGACCAUAGAAGCUACCAGUUCGAGGAAGAAGAUUGGUUUUGCCACUUUUGCUACAGGCAUUGUGCACGGAUUGCAACCAGAUGCACUAAUGAUGAUUUUGCCAGCACUGGCUCUUCCUUCGCGUUUAGCUGGUGCUGCAUUUCUUGGCAUGUUUCUGAUUGGUACUGUUUUUGCUAUGGGUACUUACACAGUUUUUAUUGGUUCAUGUAGUCAAGCUUUAAAAGAAAGGAUUCCUAGGAUAACAGAGAAACUAACAUGGGCUGCUUCUCUUAUGGCAAUAUUUAUGGGAUUAGCCAUUCUGAUCAGCCAGGUUUUUGGUUUUAGCCUGUAUUGAUCGUUGCGUCUGUUAGGAAUUUGAUUCAAUCCUUUCAGAGUUUAUACGUUAGGAUUACUAUUUAGGGAUCAUUCAGGAAGCUCUUUCAAGCUGCAGUUUUCGUUUUCCGCAAACUCUAAAUUCUAACAUUCAACUGCUGGAAGAACCAUAUUCAAGCUAUUUGUUCUGAUAAGUCUGCCAGCACUCAAAGUUUUUACUUGGUGAAGUUCAUCACUGUUUGAUGAUUUUACAAGCUUUUUGUUCCUUGUUUCUCGAUUUGGAUUAUUGAGGAAGUAAUUACUGAACGGUUGUUCUUCAUAUUUGUUUUUGAUUUAAUAAAUGUGGUGUUUAAAUAAACCAUAGUUCAUGUGU